CUGUCCGCUCGACCGCACGCGAGUACGAGAGCAGUAGUGCUUCAUCAGCAAGUAGACUAUCACGCUACCAUCGGACAUUGAGCCCUCAAAUAGUCGUUCCGGAAAUCUUCAAGCAGAGUUCGCACUUGAAAUGCCCGCCUUUCGCAGGGGAUCGCAAAGGCGCUCAACAACAAUCAUUGUUACACCAGAUCUUCUGCGCUCGACAUCGACUAGGCAUUUCUUGGAUUAAGAUUGAAAGUCGCGGGCUCAAUUCUGGGUCCUGCUUCCACUCGUCCUCUUGGCUUUGCUGAGUGGACCGGCUGACAGGAAGACCGGGGCAGCAAGGAUAGAACUAGCAAGCAGCCUCGUUACAGGCUGACAGCUGGGAGCUCUUGACCGCUCACUACUCUCACACGAAUCGCGACGCAAUCUCAGAGCAUCAUCUCAGUAACCGGCAGUCGCAGAGGCACAAGAUGGAUCCCCCAAAGUCAAACACAAGCACAGCCAACACCGGCAUCUUUGCGGCCAUUCGCCGACCAUCGCUCGCAUCAAUUUUGAGCAGCGGGAGCGCAUCCGAAAAAGCUGACGACAAGUCGAAGAGGACUCAGCCAAAACGCAAUCCAGCGUCCGCAGAUCAAAUCUUUCAAGUCCUUCUGCUCUGACAGACGGAUAUGAGCGUUGUGAAAACAAUGUUCGGUGCAGCAGCUGAAGUAAACGCCAAUAUUAGCAGGAAGAUCCAGCCGAGAGCAUACGAACGUCAAUCACUCAGAUGUAUAAGAUGGCAGCCACGCAAAAGCUGCACCAUUCGGCUCGUAUUCGAAAGCUCCAAACAGGCAAAACGAGCAAUCGUCAACCCCCAUUGAGCCUCUGAUACCAACAUUUCUCAUACACCACCACUUCCCGUCCUGAAGACUCUUAAUAAAUUCCGGGAUUCCAAAAUUCUUCCUCACAAUCCCAGGCGGAUUUCCAGUCACCUCGACAUUCAUACUUAGAUUCGCAUACCCAACUUUCUCGUCCACAUGACACGUGGUCCGAAGUUCGAGGCGAGACUUUGGGAUUCUCGGCCGUGAGCGGUUUCAAGGACUCGAAAUGCUCGCGAAAGUUGGCGCCUGAGUUCCGGCGGUGGAUGGAGGUGGCCGCCUUCGCUGCGGAAGGCGAUGUGUCGUGCGGACGAAGUCUUGUCUGAGAAGUCUCGGUCACGGAUUGUGGUCAUGGAUAUUUCGGCCACGGAGAUCAUGUAGUUUGCUAUGUCUGUGCUGUGGUGAGAAUGGGUUCAGAUAGCAAUGGCACAUCAACAGUGUUUUACCAUGCG